GCGGUGAUGACAAUGGUUAUGAAAAACUCAGUUGACGGAAAUGCAGACCCAAAUUAUGGGGCUACUUUGUUCAAGAAAAGCCGACACAGGGUACAAAAUGCCAUUGAAAAAAUCAAUCAAGAUGCAAAUGUUGGCCAGCAAACAGAACAGAUGGCCAAACCAACAAAUACAGAUAAGGCCAAUUCUAAAUCAUGUUUUGCUAAAGUAGCUAAUAGUACCAAAAGUGCUAGAAAAAGGAGAGAGAAGAGGCUUCUGACCCACCUAGGCCUAAGAGGUAUAAAUGAAGAAGAAUGGAAUACAUAUGCCGAGUCUCUGAAGAUUGCAAAAUACCUUGGUCCUUCUCAACUGUCUUCUCAAACAGUUAACGGAGGGAGGUUUAGAUUCCAGUUUGACAAGAAUGCCUUAGAUUUGAAGAAAGGAGAAUUUAUAGUGGAGAAGGGUCCAAAAUAUCACCAUUUGGCGUACCUUGCUACCUACCAUUUAGACAGGGUUCUAGGUCUUUACCACAUACCACCAACUGUGUCACGGACAUUGCAAGUCUCUGAACUGAAGAGUGUACAGGGUGACAAGUUCCCAUUACAAAAAUAUUUGAACAUCACUGGCGAAAGUGGCCUCCGAGGAGUUGUAACGGCACCAAUGCCUCCAGUGAUGAAGACAAAUGAGCUAACAUUGAAGCCUUACUGUAGUGUGUGGAUGUGUACAUAA